UCUGGACCAGCUUGUAUCUCAAAGCAGGAAACAUGGACUUCAAGGAAGAAAUCAGUGACUCGGACAGUGGGAUCAUCUUAAAUUCUGGUCCAGACAGCCCUACAUCUCCUGUGAAGGACCUUAGCACUCACACGCGGGCCAUGAGGCUUAAGCAUCAGGCUCUGGAGGACAGACUAGAGCUGUGUCUUCUGGAGCUAAAGAAACUGUGUAUCAGAGAGGCAGAGCUUACUGGAAAGCUGUCAUCUGACUAUCCUUUGCUGCCAAAUGAGAAACCACCACAGAUCAGGCGACGUAUUGGAGCGUCCUUUAAACUGAAUGAAGAGUUGCUUCCCCAUGGAGAUGGAGAGGAAUCAGAGUUGCAUUCACUUGAGGCUGAUUUGGCCCUCCAGAGGCAGAUAUAUGAAGCAGCCCGAAGGCUGUCCGUUGAGGAGCACAUCAGCAAGCCGGUGAGGAAGAGCCGACUGCAGCAAUGCAAACGUGAGGAAAAGAAAAUGAAGGAGCUUCAGGAAGCUGUAUUAAAACACUGCAUUAACCAUGGCUGCGUUUCGCCAAAGACAUGCCGUUCCUCCAGGCAGAGAGACCUGUGCAUGUCUGAUGACAGCUCACUGUCUGACACCGCUGCCCAUGAUGAUGAUUUAGAGCCAGGCCCAAUGUCCCCGAUGCCUCUCGACUCUGUAACUGGUUUCCAGCAUGUGCUGACCCUCUCUCCUUGUCACGGGGCAAAACAUGCAAGUUCCAGUUCCAGCCUGGAAUAUGAGCGAUCACCCAUCCAAAACAUGCCAUGGAGAGAAUCCAGUCUAGAUCAGCCAUAUCAGAAAGAGAAGAAGCUUCCCUCCGCCAGCAGCAGCAGGUCAAGCAGUCCAACAGGAACCUCAAUAGACCAGAGGCUCGAUGACAUUCCUCCUGCUCCCCAGUUUGUGUUCAAAAGCCUGGCAAUGCGCAACAAUAACUCCAACAGCGCCCCCUCCACCCCGCAGCUGCCACUGCGCCGCCACGUCUCCCAGUCCUUCAGGUUUCCCAGACCCAAACCAGAAGUAAGCAAACCGAGCUUAGAUCUGAGUCGUGGAAGGACGAAGCUCCCUCGUCGCCGCGUCACUGACUUUGCAUUGGCUUACUCCGUGCAGCGUCUGUAUCAGUGCAGCUCAGAGGACAGCAGCUCGGAGCACUCCAUAUCUUCCUACAGCAGCUCAUCCAGCCAUGAGUUCACAUCUGAGGUGACCAAAGCCUGCCCACCUCCUUACGGUUUCCACCGCACUGCUCAAAACAAGUUCCAGAGCCAGCGUUUCAGCACCAACAUCCUUCCCAAAAACAACCAAAAUGUGAACAGACAAAUAAACAAACCAACCGUGACCAGCCCUUGCCAAGAUAAUAGCCAUGACAGGAUGCUGCCAGAAAGAGAUAUGAGAAAGCUGAACCUGACUUUAACCUCCCCAAACACAAAUAAGCAACAAGUAGAGGUGACUUCCCCGAAGCGUAUACUUAAACCCCCUCCGCCGUACCACAGGCUGGCUCGCACACCUUCACUGAAGGAGUAUCCCAAUCAUCCUAGCAGGCUGCUUCCUCGAGACGUGGUCACAAAUGACCUCAGGGCAUGGCAUGAGAGGAACAAUGCCGAAGAAAUCAAGCUUCGGCCACUGGAACGACACGGGUCUAUGCGUGCUAAACGCUCACCAGGUCAAGAGCCGCCACCCUACCACCAGAUCCAGUCUCAGAGACAGACUUCUCAGAAAGUGAUCCUCCAGCGAGCUCCUGAUGGAACUCCUCUGCAGUGGUAUGAGGAAGAAGAUAGCGAGAUUGUAAGCCAGGUCUAGACCACAAUCAGCUGAAAUGCAGAAGCAUUUUUCACCGUCUUUGUUUUAUACAUGUCAUUCAUACAUAUCAUUUUGAUCUAUUUAUUGAGCCAAUGGACUCUGAUAGUAAAAGGCUGAGUAAAAGAUUCUGAGUAAAAGGUGAAGCUGAGCUAAACGACGUGGCACAGAUUUUCCCCAACUGCAUCCUUCAUCUCUUAAACACUGACCGAAAUUCAUGUCUGAGAAUAACUUAAUUGUAAGGCACCAUGCCAGAUUUUCUGUGAUAUUAUUAUUAUUAUUAUUAUUCUUGGCCCAUGUGUAUAAUUACUAUUUCUUAAAAAAAAAAAAGGUCUAAUGGAAAAAUAAAUUUUCAAGUAUAUGUUUGUGUCUGGUACACAGUUUUCUCUUCCCUAGUGUUUUGAAGCUCCAAUUAUUUAAUGUAAUACAUAAUGCAUUAAUAUAAUAUUUAUGUUCUUUUUACUCUUCUAAAAUUAAUCUCAGUCUUCUUCUUACACGUUUUAUGGUUUUUACAUUUAAAUAUUAUUGUUAGAUGCUGCUAUGCUGUUUGGUACUAUGCCUCUCUUUUAUAAACCGCGUGCUAGAUUUUAUGAGUGCAGAUAUUUUCCUUAUUCAGAUGUUCUAAAGCAGCAAUUCCUCUCUAUAAUAUAAUUUGUGUA